AGGGAUAGGGAUAUUUCAAGGUCUAGAUCGAGGUCGCCGGCAUAUAGGAGGAGAUAUUCACGGUCACCAUCGCCUGUGGUGCGCAGACAUAGCCGCAGAAGCCGGAGAGAUAGAAGCAGAUCCCCUUAUUCUUAUAGCAGGUGAUACCCAUUUACGUAAAUUGAUGUAUGGAUUUGACAUAUAUGGAUACUGUCCUUAUGUUAAUAUCUCUGAUCUGUAUGUACAAGGAUUUGUUGCUUAUUGUUCUAAUAAAGCUCUCACAUGUGUUUGCUGAUUCAUUACAGUUUGUUCAGGUAUUGUGUACGUGUUUGAUUCUUGAAAAAAGUAUUGGUUUUUAUCUACCAUUUAUUGGAUGGACUUGCCGCGUUGCUCAAAAUUGAUAUUAAGCUGUGGCAGAAUUGAUGAUUGAUCAUUUUUGCUUGUAUUUUAAAGACUUUAAGAGGAACUUCUAGUGACUGCUGCAUUCGCAUAGCUAAGUUGUCCACCUACUGUCUGGUUGUGGAUCAAUUUCUGAAAGUUACCCCCCACCCCCACCCCCCUUCCCUCCCCUUUCCGUUGUUUGGAUAAAGGGCCUUAUUCUUCGUUUCAUUUAAUCAAUUCCCUUCAUUGGAUAUCUAGCUCUGUUCUCAAGCCGGGAGAUAGGGGUUGCAGACUUGUUUCGUGCUUCUGCUGUCAUUAUUGAUUUCAAUUUGUUCAGAGUGGUAUUUACUCAUCAAAAUCCACUAGCCUUUAAGAGUUUUCAAUACCUGUGAUCAGCAUAGUUAAAUCUUUGUGGUCUCUAUGUAAUAUGUCAUAUUGUAAGCUGGUGGUUCGCUGUUCAGUUGCAAAUUUUAGUCCUCGGUCAGACUGCCAUCUGGAAUUGUCUACUUUUCUGAAGAUAUGCAUGAUCCUAACGAGUAGAGUUAAUAAAUAGAAACCUAAAUGUAAUACCCGGUGCAAACUAUGUUCUUCAGUGAGGAAUUAAAAGAAGUCAUGGGUGCCGAUGAGUGUCCAUUGGUUGCUCGAUUGUGAUAUUAGCUGUUCCCUAUGAUAAAAGACGGAGCUCAAGUUUAUUCUUUGCAAUUCAUGAGAAGACGAAGCCGUUCAUUGUCCCCAAGGCGCCAUAAAAGCCGUUCUCCAGCCACCAGACGACGUAAGAGUCGCUCUCCAAGGCACCAUAGGAGACAAAGAAGUAGGAGUACCUCAUUGUCUCCUAUUGGUAAAUCACCCGUUUCAAGUAUCGGAUCGAAAGAACAAAAGGAUAUCAGUGAAAAAAAUAGACUUGAUGAAGAGGAGAAGAAAAGGCGUCAAGAGGAAGCAGAACUAAAAUUAAUAGAAGAAGAAACUGCAAAAAGAGUUGAAGAAGCAAUUAAGAGAAAAGUUGAUGAAAGCUUGAACAAGGAGGAGAUCAAGCUUGAAAUUGGAAGGCGACUAGAAGAAGGUAGAAAGAAACUCGUCAAUGAAGUUGCCGCUCAACUUGAAAAAGAGAAGGAAGCUGCUCUUAUUGAGUCAAAACAUAAGGAGGAACAAGCUCGAAAAGAGAAAGAAGAGUUGGAAAGAAUGCUUGAAGAAAAGAGAAGAAAGGUGGAAGAGGCUCAGAGAAGAGAAGCUCUGGAGCAGCAAAUGAAGGAAGAGCAGCGUUAUAGGGAACUGGAAGAGCUCCAAAGACAGAAAGAAGAGGCUUUGCGUAGGAAGAAACAACAAGAGGAGGAAGAGCGUGCAAAUCAAAUGAAAUUGUUGGGCAAGAACAAAUCCAGGCCUAAGUUGUCCUUUGCAUUGGGUUUGAAAUGAUUAAUGACUUCGCCUUGUCAUUAUUAUCAUUAUCAUGAUUUUGUUUAUCAUCAAAACAAUUGGUUUUUCAUUAGAGGUUGGGAAAACCAAAGUUUUGUUGGAUACUUUCUUUUUCCUUUUCUUUAUGGUCUUCCAUUUUUCUGUAAUCUGAAGUACUUGCUGAGUAUGUUUCCUUUGUCGUAGUUUGGCUAAUUAAUGUACUGUCUUCAACUGUUGUAAUUUAAGGGGAACAUUUCUAGCAAGUUGUGAUAUUGUUGAUAUAGUUACCGAUUGGGCUGGUUGGCUGCGUU